GGCCUCUACAUUCGAAACAGUUCCAUCAACAUCGUGUUGGAAUACAUGGACGAAGGUUCUCUCAAGAGCCACUACUCUCCCCAGAACCCAAUUCCAGACCGUGUUCUGCGCUGUAUUGCUUGGCAACUUGUUACCUCCCUCAUUGAACUGAAGCGCGCAGAAAUCAUCCACCGCGACAUCAAGCCCGAGAAUAUUCUGCUUCACAGCAGCGGCUUAGUCAAACUCUCAGACUUCGGCAUUAGCAAAGUGGACUUGAACGAAUGCAAGACAUACGUGGGAACACUGAAAUACAUGAGUCCCGAACGCCUUCUAUCCGAGGAAUAUACAUGUCGAUGCGAUUACUGGUCCAUGGCAAUGGUUAUUCUGGAAGCUGCACUGGGGUAUUACCCGCUGCAAGUAGGAUCCACGUCGAUUGAUUUGGAAACGACGAUCACGCACUCCAGGUUUGAUGAAGUGUUUAAAUUGCUUAAUCAAGAUCUGGUGUAUUUCUUGCAGGAUUGGUUGCAGGAGGAGAGAAUGAGAUCAUUGCCAAACAUUAAAAUAAGAGAUAGGUGGCUUUAUGUCGAUGGGCAACCUCUGACAAAAGAAAAGAGUAUGAGUAUUAUUUCGGAGUGGCUUAAAUCUCUUCAUAAAUCUAGUGAUAGUGUUUAGUUCUUUUAUGCAG